AUGGCCCCGAAAAAGGCCAUGAACCCGGACGACGAGGAGCAUAGGGCUCGCUCCGAGCACCGCUCUAAAACGUCGUCGAAGCCCCAACCUACCCCCCAAUCCGCUGCCGCUACGAAGACUGCUUCAAAGCCGCCUCACUCUUCGUCCUCUCGUCAACCCAGACUUACCCUUGAGCUUCCUCUGCGUUCGUCUGCCUCUGUGGCAAAGCCUCUGGAUCCACGCCAGAUCCAAGAGAUGCAUGACCACAAAGCGAAAUUGGAAGAAGACGCCAGACGCAAGAAAGAAGCAGAAAGCACUGCUUGGAUGCGUCGAAUCCGAUGUGAUCCCGAUUCUCUCGAACACCGUAAGCCCAAGAGCACUGGUUCCAGCAGCAGUGACUCCCCUAUCCGUCGAGUUGUUACACCUCCGGAGUUCCCCCCCAACUGGACCGAGGAGGAAAAGGCUAACUACGAACGUCUCGCACAAGAAGGCGUGAAAGUAGCUGUUUUUGAGCAACACAGACUUGACCAAGAAAAGAUUAUUCAACAUGAAGACUACAUGACAGUUGCCUGGGAUGGCUGCAAGAACAUUGACAUUCCCUGGCAUCGAUUCAAAAUCAAGCCUUCUUCUGAUUCCCUAGAAGAGACUCAAAUUCAGCGCCGUAUUGGCUACAACACUUCCGGCAAAGAGAUCGAGGUUAUGAUGAACGCGUACCCAAUUACUUCGUUCCCAGACAAAGCUGUUUAUCAGUAUGAGAUUAAUGUUCUCCAUGGAGAUCACAACGAGACCGACAAACGGAUCCUGAGAAAGUGCUGGAACAGUGAGACUCGAAAGGCACACAUUCCUGAUGGUAUCUGGGAUGGUGGCAGAAUCUGCUGGUCGUUGCGCAACUUUGAUGACUGGAAUGAGGUUAUCGACUUCAGGGGCGAGUUGACCCGAGAGGUCAAGACCCUUGCUACUGUCGAUGAGUUCAGAAGAAACCCGGCUUUCAGAAUGUCUGUUAUGCAAAAGCGAAAGAUCAAUCUGGCGGUGAUCAACUCCUGGCUGCAAAACCGCCGUGAUCUGGAUGAACUUGUGAUUGAAUCGCUGAGCUUCCUUGAUCAUUUGCUCCGCGAGUGGCCCACCAAACAAUUUGCUGCAAUCAAGCGGGCCUUUUUCUUCGACAAGCUUGGGGAUGACGAGGAGCUGAAGCAGGAAUUUUACCAGCCGCUCGCCAACAUGGGUGCUUCUGUUUACCGAGGCAUUUAUCAAGCAAUUAAGCCGACUCCUCAAGGUCUGAUCCUCAAUGUUGACAUCGCCCACUCCGUUUUCUUUUCUCGCAUCAGUCUCAUGGGCUACAUGAUGAAUAUCAACGGGUGGAACGAUAAGUCUACUCUGGUGAGGAAUCUCCAGUCAACCCGCGACAAAUUUGGAGGUACAGUGGAAUCGAAGUUCUUCGCACAGGUGAACAAGAAGAUUCAGGGUCUCCGAGUGGCACCCAACUAUGAGGGGUGCCCUUUCCACCUGAAGAGUUUUAUUGUCAAGGGCUUGAUGCAUGCAACGCCAAAAGAAUUUUACAUCCACUACCUCGACAAGGCCACUGGGGUAACGACUCGAAUGCACCUUGAAGAUUACUUUAGAAAACGGUACAACAUCCGCCUUGAAUACCCCAAUAUGCUCUUGGUCGAGAUGACAAAGGAAGAAGUCUAUUACCCGGCCGAGUUUUUGAUCAUCAAAGGCCUUCAGAGAUACCGUUACAAGCUUACGGAUAUGCAAGCAGCACAGAUGAUUCAGUGGUGCGCAACCCGGCCCCCGAAACGUUUGGCCAAUGCUCGGCAGUCCAAGGAGCUUCUCCAACACAAGAACGAUCCGAUUCUCAAGCUUUACGGAAUGCAGAUCAGCGACCAAAUGAUCAAGACAAAGGCUCGCCUGCUCCCCAGCCCCGAUAUUCAGUUUGGGGGCAACCGGAAGCACAACCCUCAGCAUUCGGGAAGCUGGGAUCUCCGAGGUAAAAAGUUCUACAAACCAAAUGAAAAGGCUCUUGAGGCUUGGGGCGUCGGGUUUUUUGCCGGGCAUCGAAAGUCAAUGAGCCUGGAGCAGACUCUCAGCUGGGUUGAUCAAUUCGUGAAGAUGUACAGAAGCAUGGGUGGCGAGGUGACUGGCCGACCGGUUGUCAAGGGAUUGAGCGAGGAUGUUGGCACCAGUGUCAAAAAGGUGUACGAUGCGAUCGCAGCGCAGAAUCAAAGAGAGCCCCAGCUCAUGAUAUUCAUCGUUCCUGACAAGGACUCUUGGGUCUAUACUCGCCUCAAGAAGUCUUCCGACUGCCGGUAUGGUACUCCCUCUCAAGUGCUCCAAUCUGCACACUGCAUCAGCAAUAGACCUCAAUACCACGCAAAUGUUCUCAUGAAGGUGAAUGCAAAGCUUGGUGGUAUCACUGCUCGAGCUGUUCCCAAGACAAAGUCUCAAGGUCUACGCCCAGGCUCCAUGAUCAUCGGGGCAGAUGUCACUCACCCAAUGAUGGGAGUGUGGACUCCAUCGCUGGCAGCUAUGUCCGUUUCGGCAGAUACCUCCGCAACUCGCUACAUGGGUGGAUGUGAGACCAAUGGAGAUCGAAUUGAGAUUAUCCGAGGCAAGGUAAUUGAGUACAUCCUGCACCCCAUGAUUGCUGAAUGGAAAGCGACUGUUGGGAAUGGCAAGGCUCCUGAGUACGUCUACUAUUUCCGUGACGGUGUGUCUGCGUCCGAAUACCAGAGAAUUCUUUCGGAGGAGGUCCCGGCAAUCCGCUUUGCCAUUGCACAUGCAUGUGGUCAGGCAAUCUGGAGUGGCAAGAUCUGUGUUGUGGUUGCCAACAAGCGCCAUCAUCUUCGAGCAUUCCCUGACCCCAAGAAUCGCGCGGCCUCGGACACCCACGGUGGCCCCCUGCCAGGCACUCUUAUUGAUCGUGACGUCACUAGCCCACACGAUUGGGACUUCCUGCUCUACACGCAUGUUGCUCUCCAGGGAACACCCCGUCCAGUUCAUUACCAUGUCCUAUUGGAUGAAAUGGGCCUCAAGCCUAAUGACCUUGAGGGAAUGAUCAAUGACCACUGUUAUCAGUACAUCCGCUCGACAACCUCUGUGUCUGUUCACCCUGCUAUCUAUUAUGCUCACUUGAUUUCGGUUCGUGCUCGCCACCACGAGGACGUUCCUAUUACCUCUGGCCCCCAGAGUGGCCCGGAGGUAAAGAUGACUAACCCCAAGCCCAAGCACCCUCGAGCCAAGAGGUUGCUGCCUAUUGAAGGCACCUCGAACAAGUUGGCUCUGGGCAUGUGGUACGUUUAA